UGGGGAAUAGGGAUUCUUGCUCGUAUCCAUAGGCUUGUUCCUCCUCGACAUAACUUCAACUUCACCAGGUGCAGCGGAGGAGGCAGUUUUCACCAAAUCCGAAGGAGCGAGGGAAUUCCGGUGUUGGGGUGGGCAUCGCCUGACCUCCCCAGGAAGCCACAGCCGCUGCAGCCAUCACAGCCGCAUAAAGCGAUGUUGAGCUCGGAGUUGAUUGAGGAGGAUUUGUAG